AGGGUGACGGCUGCGGCCAGCCCGGAGUCGUCCUGCUGAGCUCCGAGGAGUAGCCGCUCAGGAGCGGCUGACACGCAGGUCCACCAUGAACUGGGGGAUCUUUGAGGGGCUCCUGAGCGGGGUCAACAAGUACUCCACGGCCUUCGGACGCAUCUGGCUGUCUCUGGUCUUCAUCUUCCGCGUGCUGGUGUAUCUGGUGACAGCUGAGCGUGUGUGGAGCGACGACCACAAGGACUUCUACUGUGACACCCUCCAACCCGGCUGCAACAAUGUCUGCUUCGAUGAGUUCUUCCCCGUGUCCCACGUGCGCCUCUGGGCACUGCAGCUCAUUCUGGUCACCUGCCCCUCGCUGCUGGUGGUCAUGCACGUGGCCUACCGAGAGGCCCGGGAGAAGAAGCACCGGGAGAUGGUCGGCGAUGAGGGUGGACGCCUCUACCCGGACCCCGGCAAGAAGCGGGGCGGACUCUGGUGGACCUACGUCUGUAGCCUGGUGUUCAAGGCUGGCGUGGACACAGCCUUCCUCUACGUGUUCUACUUGCUGUACCCCCACUACACCCUCCCCCGUGUGGUCAAGUGCCAGGCUGCUCCCUGCCCCAACACGGUGGACUGCUUCAUCUCCAAGACCUCAGAGAAGAACAUCUUCACCCUCUUCAUGGUCAUUGCAGCCGCCGUCUGCAUCCUGCUCAACUUGGUGGAGCUGGCCUACCUGGUGAGCAAGAAGUGCCGGGAGUGUGUGGUCUCAAGGAAGGCCCAGGCCUCGGGCAAACAGGCUGACCUCCUCUCAGGGGACCUCAUCUUCCUGGGCUCUGACACCCAUCCUCCCCUCUUACCCAGCCACCCUCAAGACUAUCUGAAGAAGACCAUGGUGUGAGGGCUCAGGCCCCACUGGAAAGGUCCCAACGCCUCUCCUAGUGCAC